UCCCUCUAACAUGGUAUCAGAUGCAGAGGUUAACCCUGUUGCGCACGAUCCUCCUUUCACUGCCAUGGAUACUAACCCUGUCCAGACUCCUCCUCCCUCCCUCGAUGGAGACGAUGGCGCUCUGUCCGUCGCCGCUGAGCCUGUCGACGGUGCCGCACCACCUCCCGGGCCCGUAGCGCUCCGCAUCGCUCCCGCUGCCCCGGCCAUCACCCAGCCUGCUCCUCCCUCCGUCCUUCAGACGGUUGACAUCCGGCGCCUUCCUGGAGACGCGCUCGUUCUUGCUGCUUGAGGAGCUCCGCGCUGAGCAGGCGACACGUCACCAGAGCGCCCAUGCGCUGAUCGCCGCGCGCCCUCCGCUGCCGGCGCCCGCCGCCCCACCAAUCGACUCAUCGGGCUCGGGAAGAAGCGUGGACGUGGGCAAGGGGGGAGGGAGGGGGGGCUUCUAGCUCUGCUGGCCCGCAGCCGCCGCGCCCUCCGCCCGGCUAUCCUGCACCGGCGCCCGGCACCAAUUCCUGGACGGGCCUUGUUCAAGCUUGGCCUGUCGCCUGGCGCGCACCUGGAGCCGGCGUGCUCGGGCCUCGCCCCGGGACCCCUCAUCAGCAGGCCAUGAUGGCCAUGCUGUCCGCAUCGUUGUACGGUACGGUGCCCCCGGCGGCCCGCCGCCUGGCUACGGCUACCCUGCUGCCCCGCCUCCUCAACAGCAGCAGCCCUGGGACAUGGCGUCUCUUCAGGCUGCGCUGCACAGUGCUUCGUCAGGGCCAUCGUCGUCGGGUAGCACAUCCGACUGGUACCUCGACUCCGGCGCUGCUGCGCAUAUGGCAUCCAACCCGGGACCUCCGCACCCGGACGGUGAUUCUCCGAUGUGAUUCGGAAGGCGAUCUGUACCUCGUUGCUGGAGCUUCCUCCACUCGCUCUGCUCUUCCGUUCGCUGGCGUGGUCACCACCGACCUCUGGCAUCAGCGGCUGGGACACUCAGGGCGCGCUCCGAUCGCCGGUUUCGAGUUCGCCUGCACCCCGUCCUCCACUCACUCCUGCCGCGCGUGUCGUCUGGACAAGCACACAUGGCUCCCGUUUCAGCAAUCUGCAACUCGUAGUUUCUUUCCUUUCCUGCUGUUACACUUAGAUAUUUAGACAUCUCCUGUAACUAGUGUCUCUGGUUAUCAGUUUUAUCUUGUAAUCCUCGGCGAUUAUACCCAUUAUGUGUGGAUGUUUC